AUGAUGAUAGAAACUAUGUUUGAACCUGUAAAAUUUUUUCCUAAAUGGGAACAAAUUAUAGAUAAUAUUGAUUGGAAAACAGAAAAAGAUUUCAUGAAUUAUUGCAAUUAUUUUAAAGGAAAAUUUCCAAAUACCUUUAAUUCCAAUGUUGAAGAUAUAUGCUAUCAGUCUUUGGCAUAUUUAGAUAAGGUAUAUACUACAUAUGAGAGUUCUUUAGAAGAAACCGCUUUUAUAUACUUUUAUUAUUGGAUAUACAAGUAUAAACUAAAAAAGGGGGGAAAUGUUGAGGACAUUAAGAAAUUAUAUAAGGAAUUGAUCGAGAAAUUUGAUGAAUCAUGGUAUUCUCAUACUAGAUUAAAAAAAUAUAAGGAAAAAUACAUUCCAGAUAAUGAGUUGGAGGAUCUAAUGAAUUUACAUGAUAUGUAUAAAAGCUUUAUUUUGAUAAAAAAUAAAUGUGAACCUAAUAAAAAUGAGAAUUAUUGUAAUACAAUAAAAGAUAUCAUGAAUAAAUACAAUCCUCAAGUAAUAAUUGAGACUAAUAAAACAAGUACACCAAAAGAAUUACAUUACUGCCAAGUUAAUAUUGUGAAAUCUAUCAUAAUUACUAUUGUUAUAACACUAGUAAUAUCUUCUUUGUUAGUUAUUAUUUAUAAGUUCAUUCCCUAUGGUUCAUUCAUGAACUUUCCUAUUAAAAGGAAUAGAAAUAAGUGUAAUAAUACAUAUGAUGAAUGGAAUUCAAUGCAGUCGUCUGAAAUAUCAAGUAAUAUUUCAAGGAACAGGAUAUAUGAUGUAUUAUAUAAUUCUACAUAG